ACCUCCGCAGUGGCCAGCGGUCAGUGCGCCAGUCAGCAAUCGGCAGUCAAUCGAAAUGCCUCCACCAGGACGAGGCUAUGGCGGCUACGGACCCCCACGACCCGGACCCGGACCCGCCUUUGGCCCGGGUCCACCCCGCGGCGGUGGUGGAGUUAAUGUGGGCAUCAACAUCGGCGGACCGCCGCGUCCGCCACCCAUCGGAGUGGGCAUUGGAUUCUGUCCCCCGCCCGUGGUCAUCGGAGCACCGCCGCCACCUGCUGUGAUCAUCGGAGCGCCACCGCCGCCCGUGUACGUGCCACCGCCCCGACAGACCGUCGUGGUGGGCGCCCAGCCAGCGGUCUAUGCCCAACCCACCGGGGAGGUGGUAUGCUGCACGAUUCUCUGAUUACGAAAGGAACAAGUGGAAAGUGGAAAGUGGACAGUGCAAAAUGUGCCCGAGCCUCCGAGUGUUCCCCCCUACAAUAUCUCUUCUUACUAUAUAUAUAUAUAGAUCCUAUCUUAUGUGUUUUUAAAUUCGAAAAUUAAUGUAAUAAAAACAAAAAACAA